AUGAGUCUAAGUAAAUUUGGCAGUCUUCUACCUAAAUUAAUAUUGCCAUUCCGUUUUAAUGCUUACAACAGGUAUUUGUCUACUACUCAUGUAACUUUCCAAAAUAAAAACUCUGAAAAGCCAGUCCAAAAAGGAUUAUUGCUUGGGGCCUUCACAGGAUGUGAAAAAACUGAUGUUACUUUGACCCCAAUAGCACAGAGGUAUGCAAGCGAAAUCAACUAUGAUUUCAAGUCAGCUUUGACAUCUCAAUUGGGAUUGGGACCAGGGGAAGUUAGAGUAUUUGAUAAUCUAAAUGAAGACUAUAGGGCAGUUGCAGUCGUGGGACUGGGACCAGAACCUCCGGAAGAUGUAGAAAAAGAUAAAAAUGUCUUUCAGAGGAGGGAGUAUGUCAGAAAUGCAGCCGGAGCCGGAGCCCAAAAAUUACAAGAAAGAGGAAUUGAUGAAAUCUUUGUGGAACAUAUGUUAGAUGGUGAGGCUGCAGCAGAAGGAGCAACUCUUGGAGUUUGGUUAGAACAACAGUUCAAGAACUAUGAAGAUCAGCUCACAGAAUCGAAGGUGUUUCUUUAUGAGAAGGGAGAUGAGGGCAAACACAAAGAAAUGUGGGACAUUGGAUUUGAAAAAGCCAAAGGACAAAAUCUGGCCAGGUAUUUGACUGCACUCCCUGCAAACGUAAUGACUCCUGAGAUCUUCGGUGAACAUUGUGCCGAGGAACUGUGCCCCUGUGGAGUAUCAGUUGAAGUCCACGAUCACAACUGGAUCAAAUCUAAAGGUAUGGAGGCAUUUUUAGCUAUUGCUCAAGGCUCAUGUACACCACCUGUUCUAGUGGAGAUGAAAUAUUCUGGCGGAGGAAGUGCGGAUCCAAUUGUAAUGGUCGGGAAGGGCUGCACCUUUGAUUCCGGUGGCAUCUGCUUGACUCCCUGCAAGACAAUGAUGUACCAACAUGCGGACAUGGCAGGAGCUGCUGUAAUUGCUGGAGUGUUCAAAGCUUUGUGUAAGUUAAAGACUAAAAUAAAUCUCACAGCUUUGUUGCCGAUGUACGAAAACAUGCCAAGUGAAAAUGCUGUCAAAACAGGAUCAGUUUUGAGAUCCCUGAAUGAGCGAACCAUCCGAGUUCUACAUCCAGUACAUGAUGGACGAGUCGUGCUAUCUGAUGUUCUAAGUUAUGCAGCCUGUCUUAAUCCUGGUAACAUCAUCAAUAUCGCUACGCUCUCCAAAAGUAUGAUGACUGCAAUGGGAACAGGAGCUUCUGGGAUUUUUGCUACAAAUGAGACACAUUACCGACUGCUUCACCUAAGUGGUGAAGAUGCUGGAGAUCGUGUAUGGCCCUUCCCCUUCUACGAUGACAUAAAUCUUGCAAAUGCUAAAGCUGCAGAUUUUGGAAACAGGAACAUGGUGAAGGGCGGAAGUACUCUAUUCGGUGCAUCUUUCUUAAAAGAGUUUGUUCCUCCUCCGCCAGUGGAUUUCAUGCACAUUGAUAUCACUGGAACCACAAUAAGUAACAAACUGUUCCCGAGUACUUAUUUGAGAGAUGGAUAUGCCACAGGACGCCCUACAAGAUCUUUGGUGGAUUUCUUGACUAAAUUGGGCCAAGCAGAAGAUAAAGAAUGA